GGAUUGGUUAGCUUACACCUUUCAAAAGCAGUGCGCGAGUGGUGCAGUUUUCCCGAUUGUUAAGGAUUUGAAUAUUUUAACUUUACAGAACUUAAGUUAACAAGCAGCCGUAUCGCUGCUUCAAAGUACGUUAAUAUGGACAGCAAUUCUACCUUUUAUGUGCUCUAAAUAAAGGUUUUGCUACAAAGGUCUCCCGAUUAAGCUGUCGACAUGAAAUGUUUGAAAGUGGACGAGUACAUCAAGCGGACUGCUACUGUGGGACAAACGGAGCAUUUACUUCGAGAACUAGAGAAUUAUGUGAAGAGUCAACCAGGCCUUCAGGGUCGCACGCUGUGUGACAGGGUCAUCAGAGCCUGUAACCAUCAACUGGGAGUUGGAUCCCCUGACUCUGACCAUGUCAGUCAGUUGGUGAAGUUAGUGGAGCUUUCCCUACAUGGCUAUGAUAUUUCUGCAGCAGUUGUUCCUCAGAGCAGUCCACUGUACAUGGAAAAGAUCAUUUUCCAUAUUGUCAAGAAGUUAAGCUCCCUAGAAGCUCACAGUCUGUGCAGCUCUGUAGCUGGGUUGCUUUACAGCAGGCUUACCCCAGUACAACAGACUGAGGACUACUCUGUUCUUUUGCGGAGCUGCUUCUCGGUGCUCUGGAGUGGACUAUCUACAGCCAAAGACGGGAAAAUCCUAAAUCCCCGGGACAAACUCCACUGCCAGAUGCAAGCUCUGAGCUUCCUCCUGUUGUUGGACACAAAGAGUGCAACUCCCUCCCUUUCCAAAGCUCCUAUAUACACAGAGGAUGCCAUUGCUGAAUUUGAGAGUAGCUCUGGAGCAGUGACCAAGGAGGAUGGUUCCUUUCUUCUGCAGGAAGUGUAUUCGCUUUUCAGCAGAUGCCAGACUGGUGGACGAGGCUGCGAGGGGGACAAGUCCAAGCAGUAUAUUGAGCAAUCAAGUGUAUAUGUCCUAUCUGAAAUGCUGCUGAUUAUAAUUAAGGUGCUUUGUAAGGCUGGCCACUACGAUCUGGCCUCCACCUUCCUGAAUAAAAUUGAGAGCAAGGUCAGGGACUGUGCUGACUGUGACUGUACAGCCCUGUUGCUUGGCAAAUGGGCAAUAAAACUUCAUUCAACAAUGAAGGCUGGUGAGGAUACUGGCCAGGCUUUGACGGAGUGUGCUAGAGCCUUGAGGUCUCUCUCGGCGGACCUGGGAGACCGAGAAACUCAUGCAAUUCUGGAAGGGUGCGGACUAGUGGUGUGGGCUGUCGAGAAUAGCCACAACAAGGGAUUAAGUGGUCCUGUACUUCUGGCAUGGUUUUCUUUCCUUGAGGAGCACCAAGAAAGGAUAUUAAAAAUGCGAAAGAAGAAUUUGACAUGCCAGGCUGAGGGCAGCAGACUGCAACAGGCCCUUUGUUUCAGUAUUUACCAAGGCUUUGUAUUUGCAUAUGAGAGCUUGCUCGCAUCACAGCUGGAGAACAGUAAUACACUGGACAGAGUGCUGCUGUACUGCCAAGCCACAGCUGGACAGAUGAUGACAGAACUGCGCAAGCUGUCUAGUGAAAACCUUCUCAUAAAAGCAGUGAUUGCUGUGAGCAACUUAGCCUGUGGACUGUACAACCGGCGUCUCUAUGACCAGGCCUACACGCUAGUUGAAAUACUCUGCAGGGAUCUAUGCAAGAAUUGCCCCGUCUCGCUCUCUGUUGAUAGGUUGAACCGACCCUUCAUGCUGGCCGUGCAGACUUCUCGGCGGGCUGGACAACUGGAGCGAUCACUGGACUGGGUGAUUCUAUGGCUGAAAGCUCUGGGUGACAAAAUUCCCACACAAAUGGCUGAACCGGUCUCUCUAUGGGUGAAAACGAAAACUGAUGCAGCACGUAACUCUGAAGAGGACAUCCGACUCAGGACAUUACGUGAUGGUUUUAGUCCUGACGUCCCUGAUGAGGGAGUAAUGCUCUGCCUUUUGGAGGAAGAGCUGCAUGCCUAUAAGGAGGUGGCAGGGGACACUACCCAGGAGCGUUACAACACACUCUGCGAUCUGUUGGACAUCUGUCACGAGGAGAGCUCCCACACCCACCUACGUGCUGUCUACCUCUGUGAAAUGGCCCAAGUUGUGUGUUUCCAGGAUUUCAGUGAACAGACUGAUUGCUUGGCAGUUGAUUUUACCCACGAAGCUUUACGGCUACUGGAAGAAGAACCAGAGACUGCGCAGAAUGCUGAUAAACUGAAGGACGACAAGGCCCAUGCUUUACUUUGGCUCUAUAUCUGCACUCUUGAGAAGAAUCUUCAGGAGGCCAUUGAGAAGGACAAAAAACUGCGAGAGCUGCGUGAAGAGACACGAUGUGUGGCCAAUCCCAUAGGAACCAAUGAUUUUGAUUAUGAAGAUAAGCAAAAGACACAGGACAGCAUUCUAGUCUAUGAAGGCUUGCAUUUCAACCUGGCUGCAGAGAACAAACUGUGCAAACCUUUGGAAAAAGCAUUGGAUGAGUGGUCUGCUCUUUUGAAGCGUCCUGCUCUGCCUUCUGUCAGGAACCUCAAGCAGACGUGUAGCUCCAUUGCUUUGACUGCGGCUCUCUUCAAACUCAUGGGAAAGCCUCUAAAGGCUUUGGAAGCUUACAAACUUGCUACUGGACUUUCACGUCAACUUGCUGACACCCAUGGUUGUGCCAGCUCCCUAUGUCAAUCAGCCAGCCUCCUUCUGGAUAUGGGUGCCCCUGAACUGGCUUUGGCCCAGUUAGAGCAAGCAGAAAAAAGUCUUACCUCAGAAACCACUGGUGGGGGACCUUCUUCCCUCUCUAUGCUGGCCAUCCUGUUGAAAGCUCAGUACUGCUACGGCACAGGACAGGUGGACCGUGGAGUGCCUUAUCUCUGUGAGGUGCUAAAAGAAGUGAAUGAGCAGAGACAGUCAAAAAGUUGGUACCUGCUGCGUGCUCGGGCGCUGCAAAUCUGCAGCUUGUACUUGAGUUUGGACACGGCUGCACUGCCACAAGCAGAGCGUGGCCGUAUCACACAGCAUGGUUUGAAUAGCCCAGACACUGCCCUGUAUGAAAGUCUGAAGCUUCUAUGCAGCCUGCUGGUCACUUUAGUGGGGAAAGGCCUAUAUGGAACUAAUAGCAGCAGCUCAGAUGGGCGCUUCAUCAACCAAGGAGAUAACCUGGUGCUGAAAUGGCAGCUGCUCUCAGAGCUGUUAAACUGCUCUAUGAAGAUGGUGGCUGUUAGGAGCAGCUGUGGAGCCAUCAAUGAUGCCAGGCUCCAAUGCCUAGAAGCCCUUAAACUGGCAAUCAAGCUGCAAGCACUCAGCCAUUGUGCUGAGCUGCUGGUGAUGAAAGCUGAGUUAGAGCUGAUGCAGGGGGAGAGAGAAGAAAGUGGAAUUGAUUUAGACAAAGUCAGAAACCUUCUGGAGCUCUGCACAGAUUUUUCUGAUCCGGUGCAGAAGGCAGAGGUGAAAAUCAAGCCAAGGAAAGGUCGCCUAGCGCAGAAAUCUCAGUCUCCCCUGCCUACUUUGGAGGAUGAUUUUAAGGGCAUCCUGAGCACUAGGUGGAUUGCUAAAGAACCUGUAGUUAGGGAUCUGGCCAGCUCCCCUCCUCUCAAACCCCAGCCUCACCGCUGGCUCUCCUCACUGGCGCAUGAAUCUGACUGUCAGUGCCCCUGCUGCUCUGAGCCCUGUGGGCUUGAACCAAGGCUUAACAAGGUCUGUGGUAUAUGGAAAGUACUGGAAGCUGGCUUAGCAUUUGUUGAUUCCACACCCUCUCCUGUGCUAAUACCUGUGAGAGCAGGCCUAAUGGCAACUAAAGCCAUUGUAUCAUUGAUUGAUUUGGCUUCCAAAAGGGGCUGCAACCCAGAGGAGCUCUUCUCUAAUGCUUGGACUUGGAAUGCACCGAAACUGGAUAAAGAGCUGAAAUCAGAACAGAAAACAGUGCCACUCUCAUCCUUUCUUAAAAAGUCUAAAGACUCCAUUAAAAACCCUGAUAUUCCUGACAAAACAAAGGAGGUAAAGAAGGCCAAGUCUGUCAAGCCAAAGAUUCAAGCAACAAGUUCCUCAACCAGAGGAAAGGGACUGGUUCCCAUGACACCAGUAAUGGUAAAGUCAAAGCCCUCUGUUAAGGAGCUUGGCUCUUUUGACUUCAACACAGUGGUACCUACUUUGGCUUGUACUCCUGUUCAAAAGCUGAAAGCUCCUGCUUCAGUGCAGAAAGCACCGAGGACUGCCCCUAAGCUACAGUUUCAUGUCUAUGAAGAGUUGUCACCAGUUCAAGACAAAGCCCAACCUGUGCCUGCUGCCCCCAGACGCACAAAGAAAUCACGUUUCAAGGUGGAGUUUAGUGACGAGAGUGACUCAGAAGCUAAUACUCAAGCAGAAACCAAAGAAAAAGCAGAUGUCCCUAAAAAGCAAACAGCUACUAGAAGAGCUGCCCCCUACACUAAAAAAGCCCCAGAUCCACCUGCGGAGAAGAUCCUACCCAAAAGGAAUGCUAAGGGUAAAAAAAGCACUGCAGUGCCUCGGGCCACGUCUUCAGAGGAUGACAGGAGUUUGGUCAGUCAGGCUGCCUCAACAAGAAGAGGAAGAACCAGACGAGAGCUGUCCAGGACAGAGGCAGAAACGGUGGAGGAGCCAGACACAAUGAGAAUCAUUGAGGAGGAAACUAACGAAGUUCUGGACAUAAGCAUUGAGCAACUUAGGACAUCAGACACUGAGACUGAAGAUAAUCCCACUUCAAGUAAAGAUAUCAACACAGAUUUUGAGGUCUUGCGGAGGGAUAUGUGUUGCAACUUGGAGAGAGACGACUUGUCUGAGCUGAGGAGCAGAGGUCAUCUUAGAAAAGGUCAACAAACCCACCUCUGUCAUUCAGACACCAGGCCAGAGAAUCUCUCUCUGGAGGAUAUUCAGUUGUUACUCCGCUCAGCUUGGCUUGCCCUUCAGCACUUCCCGUCUCCCACCAUGUACCCGACCGUCUCUGCUCUUCUGGCCUUGGCAUUGGGAAAGCAGGACCCCAUAGCUACAGCAAUGCUACAUGCCCAGUCCUUGGGCAUCACAAGCCGUCAUCGCACAAUCAGGCAUUUAGCCAGUUGUCUUAAAAAGCUGAGAAAGUCGUCCAAUGAGUUGGCAGACAAGAUGGAUGCUCUGAGUCUAAAUGAGCACAGUCUGACUUCUACUGAACAGAGGUUGGCUCAGUUGGAGAACAUCUUUUCCUUCCCUACUGCUCACUCCUCAUCUUUCCCCCAAAACCACUGCCAAGAGUUUAUCCAACAACUUCAACACCUUCCCCCAGGGGUAACAGUGUGUGUGAUGUCUGUGCUCGGAGUAAAACCUGGAGAAAUGGGUGACAGCAUCAUACUGUCACGUCUCGAGAGAGGAUCUGUUCCUGUCACUGUUCACAUCCCCACAUCUAAGCAUCAGCACCCCAUUAGCUGGCUUGUGCAGGAGCUGGACAGUAUUCAGGUGGAACAGAAGGUUGUGAGCUGUGUGUCUGAGAAAGCCAAGUGGUGGGAAGGCCGCAGGGCGCUUGACUCUCGAGUUGAACAACUAUUGAAUGAGAUGGAGGGAUUGCUUGGAUGCUGGAAGAGCUUUCUUCUACCCGUUUCAUCAGAUCCAGAACUCUCCAGUCAGGCCCAGCACCUUUGUAAGGCCUUGUCUGCCAGAGGAGUGACAGGCAGUGAGGAGAUGUUGAAGGCUGUGCUGUCUGCUUUUCCUGUGCUCUCCCAAGAAGACCUCCAAAGAUUUGCUCUUGGAAUUUUUCCACAGUGGGACAUGGAGUGUGACCAGCUUCUCCAUACAGCCGUUUCCCAGCUUUCAGAGGGAGACGAGCCGCAGGGUCAUGUGGUUCUCAUCCUGGACAAGUACCUUCAGAAGUUGCCAUGGGAGAGCAUCUCCAUCUUAAAGUCUCGCUCUGUCAGUCGGAUGCCCUCUCUGCAUUCACUGAUUGGACUGAGCAUUCAGAAAGAGCAUGACUCUCACUCCAUCCUGGAGCAAGGUGUGGAUACAAGGAAGGUGUUUUAUGUGCUGGACCCUGACGCCAAUUUAGGAAACGCUCAGGACCAAUUUAAGGAGUGGUUUAGCAGUAAACUGGAAUGGGAAGGUGUAUGUGGUGUUGCUCCUGACUCGGGUCAGCUGGAAGAAGCUGUGGCGACCAAGGAUCUAUACAUUUACGUGGGUCACGGUGCAGGUGCUCGGUUCCUAGACAGUCAGGUGGUCCUGAAACGGCAGAUGAGAGCAGCCUGUCUACUCUUUGGCUGCAGUAGUGCUGCUCUGGCAGUGCGCGGGGAUCAGGAAGGACAAGGCAUCAUCCUCAGCUACCUCAUAGCCGGCUGCCCCCUUGUUUUGGGAAACCUGUGGGAUGUGACAGAUCGGGAUAUUGAUCGUUUCACUAAAGCCUUGUUGGAUUCCUGGUUAUCUGCUGGGUCUGGAGCCCCCCUCCUGAAUUAUAUGGGCCUGUCGCGUCAGGCCACACACCUGAAACACCUCAUAGGAGCUGCACCCGUGGUCUAUGGCUUACCCAUCCACCUGCAAUAGUUGGUCUGGGAAGCUAAAACUCUUCUAAAAGCAGGAUGUAAACAUUCUAUGCAGUAUUUCAACGUUAUUGUUCAGCAUAUAAGCUGGAGGGAGUUACUUUAACUUGAAGUUCAAUCCAAGUUUUUUCAAGUUUUAGCAAGAUUAAUGUGCUGCAUUUUCUUAAUUUAAACCAAUGCAAUUUUUUUUUAACCAAUGCUACUAUAGUGUGCAUGAUUUUUAAAUAUCUUGCUAAUUAAGUGUUUGAAUGCACUUUUAAUGUGUUAAUGCAACAGCAAAUUUUUUUAAUAAAUAUGUUGUCACAUACA